AUGACGACGGAAACCGCCAAAUCGGUGUUCGCCGUCGAGGGACACCCGUGUUUCAAGUACAAGCUCAAUGAUCCAAAGGCGUUUUGGAACGGUGCCGGUGCCGGCGUCGGCAUCGCCGGCAACCACCAGGUACUGCAGGCCACAGCUUCCACCGAACGGUUUUGGGAAGAAGAACCGGAGGAGGAGAUCAAGCGGAAAGUGCAAGACGCCAAGAUCAAAUUUCACAAGGACAGGCAGCUGCAGGUCAAGCACUUGCCCAGAAACGUUAGCGAAGAGGUGAGUAGUGUGUGGAACGCAGAGUAA